AUGGCAUCCGGUCUCACCACAUCGCUCGUGGCCGCUUUCCAAGCAAGCAUGGCCGUACUCCUAGUGAUAUUCUACGGAGCUCUCGCCGUAUACCUCAAGCUUCUCGACAGCAAAUCCGCCAAGAUGAUGUCGAAGAUUUCCGUCAAGUUUUUUCUGCCCGCGUUGGAGUUUGUUAAGAUUGGUCGGGAAUUGCAUGCUGGGGGAGGUCAUCGAUAUAAUGUGAUUCUGGUGUGGGCAUGCUUGACACAUACGAUAUCUUUUUUGCUCGGUGCUGCUGCUCAUUUUAUCUUCGGGAUGCCGGAUUGGAUUACGGCUACUAUCAUGUUUAACAAUACGACUAGUUAUCCAUUGAUGCUGAUUCAAGCUUUGGAUCAAACGGGUCUUUUAAACCCUUUACUUUUAGAGGAUGGUGGAACGGGAUAUAAUCCCGUCGAACAAGCGAAAUCAUAUUUUCUGGUGUACUCGGUUCUCUCGAGCUGUUUGACAUUCGCCGUCGGUCCUCGUAUGAUGGAUACCGAAUUCGCCAUUGAUCCGCCCGAGGAGGAAGAUCUUUUAUCUGCACUUGCACAGGUACAACAAGAUAGGGAGGGAGAAAGUGAAGAAGAAAGUGACGGCAUGCACUUCGCAACCGAACACACGAAUCUUCUUUCACCUCGUCAUCGGUCAGCCAUCUCCAGCAAAUCCACUUCGUUCUUCCCAUCUAGGCGGGCUUCCACGGCACCUUCCAUGCGAGACACCAAUCGAGCCAUCGUAUACGAGAGACGCCCCUCUGUAGUGAGCAGACGACGAUGGUUUGAACUUAGUGAUCGAUUUCGAUGGUGGGUACUCUUCUUUUACGACUUUUUAAAUGCACCUCUGCUUGGUGCCGUCGCCGGUGCAAUCGUUGGAUUAUCACCUGUUCUUCACCGCGCAUUCUUCAACGAAACCGUCGAUGGUGGAAUCUUCACAGCAUGGCUUACGGCAUCUUUGGAAAACAUUGGAAUACUAUUCGUUUCCUUGCCCGUUGUGGGCGCAGGAGUUUCACUAUAUUCUGCCGUCACCAAGACCAGUGAGAAAGGGAAAGGCAAGCAAGCCGCAGCAGGAACUCCUUGGUUCAUGACAUUGUAUGUUCUUGCGGUACGAUUUGCAAUUUGGCCAGUGAUUUCUACGGGCAUCAUUUACUAUCUGGCAAAGAACACAAAUUGGGUGGGAGAAGAUCCUAUGCUCUGGUUCUCGAUGAUGUUUAUGCCAUUGGGUCCUUCGGCAGUAAAGCUCAUUACCAUGGUGGAAGUUAGUGAUGCUAGCGAGGAAGAUCAGCAUAAGAUUGCGAAAUUGCUUGCAAUUUCAUAUGCCGUCUCUCCAGUCAUGUGCUUCGCUGUCGUGGGAAGUUUAAAUGCAUGCCAAGCCGCAAAAGGUUAA